AUUUGGAUUAGGGUUUCUUCAUUUUAUCAUAGAGCUUGGAGUGCUUAGUUGGAGGUCAGAUGCUGACAACUAUGAAAUAGAUCCAGAGCUAAAAAAAAUUCGUGAAGCUCGUGGAUAUUCUUACAUGGACUUUGGCGAAGUUUGUCCUGAAAAGCUUCCAAACUACGAGGAGAAGAUUAAGAACUUUUUUGAAGAACAUCUGCACACUGAUGCGGAAAUCGGUAUUGUAUUGCAGGGAGUG